GUUCAUGUCGUACACAACUUAUUUUUCCUUAGUGAGCGUACAUUCUACUGUCACCUGUAUGACAGAAAGGACAGUGCCUGAGAACACUUUGGUCAAAGUCAGCUUCCAUUUAUUUUUCUUUUAGAAAAAAGAAUUUGGAUUUCAAGGUUUUUUUGUUCUUGUUGUUUUGUUUUGUUUUUUGUUUUUUUAAAAACAAACACUAUCUUUGGCUAUCUGGCUUUGAGAAUAACUUAAGUCAGAGUAUCUGCUUUAUGCCAACAAGGUAAGUGUUUUUUGUUUUUCUUUUUAAUGGGGAAAUAUUUCCAGAAGCUGCUUUUGCAGAGGGUGAAUGUUCUCCUUGAAGAGUGCAUUCCUUAAGAAAGAAUGUGAUUACAUUCUUCUGGAACCUCUAGAUUAACGUUAAAGCAACAGAGUUAAAGAAAGAGACAGAGGCAGAGGAAAGCUUAGGGAAACAAAGUUAUGUUAUGGGGUGAGGGGGCCAUCUGAAAAGCAGGUGUCAAUAAUAAUAACAGAAUCAUGGGACUUUCAGUGAUUCUAGGAACACCUCUGUGUUCAUCUUGUGUAUGAAGUGGAAGUACCAGGCAUUGGAAAACGCCAAAUACUCAGUCGAAAAUACUGGUGGAUAACGAUAACAAAUGUAAACAGAUCAGAAUCCAAACUCAAAGAAAUCAUAAUCAAUUACAGGAUUUGUAAAUCACCCGGUCUCUCCGUGUCUCAGAAAUAAUUCCUACCUUUGCUUGUUGGUCAGGUAUGCGGCGAGAUUAUCAUGUACAAAAGUCCAAUCCAAUACACUAGAGCUCCUUUCUGCCAUCGGACUAAACUCACGCCAUCUUCGAGCUACAAAGGACUUUGCUUUUGUAGUGCAUUUUCUAGUUUACAAAGAACUUAAACAUGCCCUUCAAGCCUGCAGUAUUUAUUCCUACAUUUGAAUUCACAUCUAUUUCUAAGCACUAAUUAUUUGGCAUUCAGGCAUUAAAAACGUAGUCUUUUCAAGCUGAAGGGAAACACAAAGAAAACUACUGCAAACCUCUAUUUCACAAACGUGAAAACAAAAGCACAGAGAAAUCAAAGAUUUUGUCCAAGGUCACACAGCUAAGUGGAAGCAGAAACAGUACUAGAACUCAGAUCUCCCAAUUUCCAGUUCUCUCUCUAACUCAACUAUUGGUUUAAAGUCUAUUUUUAAAUGGCUGUCCCCACUCAGAAAUUCAUAAUCUGUAAAUAUGGUGUAAUUUUAAAAGGUGCAAAUUCCCAACUUGUUUUUGCUGCGUGUACAGUCUCUAAAACACAAGAUGUUUUUGCCCGGGACCCUUUUUAGCCCACAGCCCACUUCUGUGCCUUUCACUGGGUCUCCAGGCAGGGCAAAACAGCUCAGGAGAGUCUGCAAGCAUUGGCGCCCAGAGCACGAUAGGACUCGACACAUGGUGGGGAGGCAUGUCUGCUAUCUCUGUAUAGUGGCACCUCCUUGAGGACAUUCACUGGGCCUUUUUUUGUUGUUGUUGUUAAAGACUUUAUCACUAUUAUUUAGUAACUGGGUCUUAAGCCACACUUGGAGGGCCCCCGUGCUUGGCUCAGUACCUGCACUUAGAGUUACCCAGAAUGCAUCUGUAAAAUUAAUGAGUUAAUUUGCAGCCAGUCUAUAAACUUCUGCACAUUUUUCACUUUUCCAAUUCAGUUAGUAACCAUUUAUUUUGUGUUGUUAUUGCAAAGAUAGAGCACAGCUGAGAUCUACCAGCUCCAGACCUCUACCUAGUAAGCUGGAAAUUCAAGGGUUCUUAUUGGUGGGUGUCAUUUAUUUCUGGCUGGAGGUAGUCUAGACCUCCUACUCCUCAACCUGAAGGAAGCCACAGAAGCUCUGCUUGACUUUCCUCUAACAAAGCAUAUUAUGGCCAAGCGAGUUGCAGUGAUUGGAGCUGGUGUGAGUGGCCUCUCCUCUAUCAAAUGCUGCUUGGAUGAGGACCUGGAGCCCAUCUGCUUUGAGAGAAGAAACAUCUAAAGAUGGGAUGACCAGGGUCUACAAGUCAUUAGUGACAAAUGUCUGCAAGGAAAUGUCAUGUUACAGUGACUUCCCCUUCCAAGAAGAUUAUCCCAAUUUCAUGAAGCAAGAAAAAUUUUGGCACUAUCUCCAAGAAUUCGCUGAGCACUUUGACCUUUUAAAAUAUAUUCAGUUUAAGACCACUGUGUGCAGUGUAACAAAAUGUCCAGACUUCUCUGUAAGUGGUCAGUGGGAUGUCAUCACAGAGACAGAGGACAAAAAGGACAGAGCUGUCUUUGAUGCUGUCAUGGUUUGCACUGGACAUUUCCUGAAUCCCCGUUUACCUUUGGAGUCAUUUCCUGGAAUCCAUAACUUUAAAGGCCAUAUUCUACACAGUCAAGAGUACAAGAUCCCAGUAGGCUUUCAGGACAAACGCGUCUUAGUGAUCGGUCUUGGGAACACUGGAGGGGACAUUGCAGUGGAGCUGAGCAGAACGGCAGCUCAGGUACUUCUUAGUACUAGAACUGGUGCCUGGGUUGUUGGCCGAUCUUCACAUGGUGGCUACCCUUUUAAUAUGAUGAUUACAAGAAGAUGCUAUAAUUUUAUUGAACAAAUUCUACCUUCAUGUGUACUAAAAUGGAUUCAAGAGAGGCAGAUGAAUAAAAUAUUUAACCAUGAGAAUUAUGGAUUAAGUAUCACAAAGGGGAAAAAAUCAAAGAUAAUUGUGAAUGAUGAACUACCAACCUGUAUCCUCUGUGGGUCAGUCACUAUGAAAACCAGCGUGAAGGAGUUUACAGAAACCUCGGCUCUCUUUGAAGAUGGGACAGUGGAAGAAAAUAUAGACGUUGUGAUAUUCACCACAGGAUAUACAUUUUCUUUUCCCUUUCUUGAAGAACCUUUAAAAAGCCUUUGUUCAAAGAAGCUAUUCCUAUACAAGAAAGUCUUUCCCUCAAACCUAGAAAAGGCAACAUUAGCUAUCAUUGGCCUCAUCAGCCUUAAAGGAUCUAUCUUAUCAGGCACAGAACUCCAAGCACGGUGGGCUACAAGAGUGUUCAAAGGACUUUGUAAGCUACCACCAUCCCAAAAAUUGAUGGCUGAUGCCACUAAAAAGGAGCAGCUCAUAAAAAGGAAUGUGAUUAAAGAUAACAGUGAAGACAAACUCGACUACAUUCCUUACUUGGAUGACCUCGCUGCAUGCAUAGGCACAAAGCCCAAUGUCCCACUUCUGUUUCUCAAGGAUCCCAGACUGGCUUGGGAAGUUUUUUUUGGACCAUGUACUCCUUACCAGUACCGACUAAUGGGUCCUGGAAAAUGGAAUGGAGCCAGAAAUGCCAUCCUGACCCAGUGGGACAGGACACUGAAGCCCUUAAAAACUCGGGUUGUUCAUGACUCCUCAAAGCCUGCCUCCAUGUCACAUUAUUUAAAAGUUUGGGGGACACUUGUCCUACUUGCCUCUCUUCUACUUCUCUGUAAAUCUUCACUUUGUUUUAAACUGUUGUGGGAUAAACUGCAGGAUAGAAUUUCCCCUUACCAAAUAAGUAUUUGGUGAGGAUGAAUCUGGUUGGUUACAGGGUUGCACCAAGUCAUGUUAAUUCUAUCUCCAAAUACAUUCUCCUCUCCUCUCUGUCAUAACUGUUGUAAUCCAAGUUCAGGGCCAACCAUCUCUUCUCUGAAUUAUCGUAUUAUCUUCCUCUCUGGUUUCUAUAUUUCCUUUCUGCCCUAGUUUCCAAUCCAUUUUCUACUCUACUCCCUAAGUGAUUAUUCUGAAAUGAAAAUAUGGUCAUUGUUUCAAUCAAGGUCCUGGUAGGAAUCAGAUGGUGCUCUCAAAUUAGAUAAUUUAUGGAAAAUUUAAUACAGAGAUUAUUUAAAAAGGUUUGGCAGGAUUUAGGGAAAUCGUAGGGAUAAUAAAACACCACCAGACUGGUAACAAUGAGAUACCUGAUGAGGCAAGGGGAGAAAGCAAUUAUGAAGGAGAGAGAGAACUGUGUGGAGAAGGCCACCUAACAAGAGCUAUGAUCUUCAGCUGACUAAUGAAGACAAGCCAGGGUGACUCCAAAAGUAAAGCGCUGGGGGAAUGAACUGCCUAACUUUACUGUUUUCCCUCCUUCCAAUCCCCUUCCAUUGGCCAAACCCAACCAAAAGUCACAGGGCAAGGUUGCCAACUGAUAUGGUUCAUUGAGUUCAGCCUCCUAGGGCACUGGGCAGAGCAAAAAUGAUGAAGAGUGAAUAUGGAGGGACAAACAGAAGCGAUCCAGUGCAGUCAUCCUUUCCAGUUUAAAAUCCUUCAAAGUUUCUCCUUUAAUUAGAGAUAAUCAUCAAAAUUCCUUAGCAUAGCAUAGGAGGCCCUUCAUGAUCUGGGUCCCUUCACCCAGGUCACCAAUAUCCUCUCCUGUAGCUUCCCCCCUGCAAACUCUACCAUUCAGCAAUACCAAACUAUUAAGUGUUUCAUACCUCCACAUGUUUGCCUCUGUCAGGAAUGCAAUUCCACACCUUGCAUGACUAGUGAGCUCCUAUCUCUCUUUCAAAUGGAGCUUCAUUAUCUUACUCUGAGAAGCUUUCCCUGAUUCUCCAAAGCAGAGCUGAUCACCUCUGUGUAACCACUAUAUCUCUCGUACUGCUCUGUUGUUGCUCUUUUCUUACUACAUUAAUUUUAUCCAUCUCCUCGUAAAUUGUGAGUUCCUUAGAGAACCAUGUCCUACUCAUCUAAAACACUGCCUGAUACAAAGUAUUGUUAAAUAAAUACUUGAUGAAUGAACAGUAGCUUCAUUGUAUUCCUUGUCUGUCCUCUUCUGGCAACAUGAUAAAUUAGCUCAGAUCACCUGAGCUGUGUAAAUGAAAAAGGACAGGUCAAUAAUAGCCAAUUUUAUAAGUAAAGGAUAAGUCAUGUGGAAAUUACAGGCAAUAUAAGUACACAUUAACUGGGAACUCAGCGUACCAGUUAAGAGCAUCAGAACAACCCCAGCCCUGCCACUAGCUCUGUGGCUGUGGCCAACUUAUAUAACUUCUCUAAGUCCUCAUCUGAAAAAUGGUGGUAAUAAUAGUACCUAUCUUGAAGUGAACAUUGAGAUAAUGCAAGGUGUGUGGUACACAGUAAAUUAACUAUUAAUAACUGCAGAGACUAGGGACACUUUCUAUUCUCUGAAUUAAAGGACUUGAAGACUGUUGCCUGGCUGUGUUCCCUGCUGCCUAAUCAGAAAGCAUGACCUUUGUCUUGCAUGGAUUCUCUGGUAGCACCAAGUAAGCUCACUCUUUUGUCCUUGUGUCCCUGUCUUAGUUACCAGCUUCUGCUAUAAAAAAACACCACAAGCAGCUGUCUUUAAAGAAUAGGAAUGUAUUGUCUUGUGGUUUGGGAGUCUAGAAGUCCAAAUCAGGGCAUCAGUUCUAUGGCAGUGUCCUUCCUCAUUAGUAGCUCCGGGCAUUUUUGGUGUUCCUUCACUUGUAGCGGGCUCUUCAUACGGUGUCUGUCUUUCCCUGUGUGUGUUCUGCUCUUUUUAUAAGGUGCCACUCACAAGGGACUGGGUUUAGGAACCACCCUACUCUUGUAUGAUUUCAUUAACGUAACAAAAGAAGAGAAAACCCCUAUUUCCAAGCAGGGUCAUAUUAACAGGUACGGGGUUAGGAUUACAACAUAAUUUUGGGGGAACAUAAUUCAAGUGCCUCUCCAGAUAUGAUUAGUAGAUGUGUCUGGGUUUUUACUGACAUCAGUCCCCUAGUAAAAGGGGCACCUAAUUCCAGAUCUUCAAAACUAACUAAAACUGACCAACAGAAGCAACAUGUUUAAGCUAUCUAUAUUCCCAAGUUCUUGAAGGUGAAAUUAGAACUGAAAUGUCUUCAGCUCAUCAUAACUUAGGUCUAUAAUGCUGCUAGUUUUCCUAUGUACUAUUUUUUUUAAGAGAAGACAGAGAUUUGGAGAAGUUAAGUAAUCUGCCCUGGUUUAUACAACAGGUAAGACACAGAACAGGGAUUUGAUCCCAAACACAUGUGACCCUAAAUUCCAGGCUCCCUCACUAGUUGCCAUGGCUGACAACUCCUCCAUUCACUCCCUUCAACCUCAAGUUGCUUAUUGAUGAUGCUCCAACCUAGACACAGCCUCCUCCAGAAAGCCUUGAUCUCCCUGCUCACUUCUCUUCUGUGCUGCGUCUACACCUUGAAUGUUGUUGUUGUGUGCCUUUGAGUUGAUUC